AUGGCGAACCCUCUCGACACAGAUGCUGGCUCGGAGCUCUUCAGCUCCUACGAGGCCGAACUCAAGCUUGUACAGGCAGACCUGGCACAAAAGCUAGAUCAGAUACCUGAUCUAACCGGCGAACCGCGCAAGGCUGCAGUCAGCCAAGCCGAGCGCGCCUUGGAGGAGGCAGAUGAACUGCUGGGCCAAAUGCGACUUGAAAAACAGAACAUCCCGACAUCUGCACGAGCCAAAGUUAACCAGCGCUUCCGUAACUACGAAUCCGACAUCGAUGGGAGCCGCCGAAAGCUUACAAGUCUCUCCUCCAACCGCGCUGCUCUUUUCGGCUCGCGGUACACCGAUGAGCCAUCAGGAGACAUCAACUUGGAACAACGACAACAGCUGCUGUCAGGAACCGAAAGACUCGACCGAAGCACACAGCGGCUUAUGUCAAGCCAAAGACUCGCCAACGAGACAGAGGCUAUUGGAGCAGAAACCUUGGCCGACUUGCACCGCCAAGGUGAAGUUAUUCGCCAUACACAUGAUACCCUCUUGGACAGCGAAAACUAUGUCGACCGCAGCGUCAAGACCUUGAGGGGGAUGGCUCGGAGCAUGGCGACGAACCGGGUGAUUACAAUUUCCAUCAUUACCAUCUUGGUGCUUUUGAUCGUUGCUGUCAUUUUCAGCAAGUUCCGAUGA